UCCAGAGGUUGGGAUGGCCAGUUGGUCUGUUGCCCCUGUGUCUCGUGGGGAGAUGCCAGUGAGCCAUGGGGAGAGAGAUGAAGAAAUGGGAAUGGUUCUGAGGAGCUCUGGCAGGUUGGGACAGGGCCUGGGGAAAGGAAGCCCUGGCCCAUGGUUCACUCAACUGUCCUCACAGGACCUGGGCCUUGAGGGGACCCUCCUCACCAACAUCCUCUACAGGAAUGUGCCCUUCCUCAAUCUGGUGGACCCCAUCUCUCAUGACCUGCUUGUGAACCUGGCCCGGGACCUGCAGUGCCCCAAGACGGACCAUGAGCUCUGGAAGUCCUCCGACAAGAUCUGCCGGCAGCUCAUCUACCACCUCACCCCUCACUCCAGGCGGCAGCGUGGGCCCAGCCUGCCCCAGAAGAAGACCCAGAGCUGGCUCAAGAGCAGCCUUGAGAAGACUCCACUGGCAGGGGAGACGGUGAACCUUUCAGGGACUCGGCUGUCGGUGAGGGAUGUACAGCUCAUAACGCGCUACCUGGGCAGCCACGGCGCGGGGCUCGAGGUGCUGGACCUGAGCUUCACGGAGCUGAGCGAUGAGCUGCUGCGCCUGCUGCUGCCCAGCCUCUGGACACUGCCCUGCCUCAGCCAGCUCCUGCUCAACGGCAACCGCCUGACGCGGGCCACCGCCCACGAACUCACCGAGGCUGUCAGGGACACCGCCAAGUUCCCCACACUGGCCUGGGUGGACCUGGGCAACAAUGUGGAUGUGGCCACCCUGCCCCAGCCCCUGCUGGCUGGCCUGAGACGGCGGCUGAGCCAGCGCACCUCCCUCCCCACCAUCUAUGAGGGCCUGGACUUUGAGCCCGAACCUGAGGGCAGCACAUCCCAGGCCUCCACGGCUGCCUCCACCUGGGGCUCUGUGGCGGCUGGGUCGGGGCUUCAGUCCCAGGCCUGCUGCACCAGGUGACUGCCACCCCCAUUGCUGCCUGAAAGACCACGCUCCCAGUCCAUGGGAUGAGGGGUGAUGGAAACCCAGGAGGUUCCCCUGGCCCCCAGAGAACCAGUGCAAAUGCUCAGGCUGGGAUUAAGUGAAUGGAAAGGCCAUAAGAUGGUCAGCCCAGGCCAGAGCCUUCCCUCAGCAGGGGGGCCCAGCACGCGCCCUGCAGAAUCCACAGUUAAGGGUGAUGUCCCCCCACCUCCGCCUCAGCCUUCCUGCAUCAUGGAACUGAGGGCCUCUGAGUGCUAGCCCUGAGACUGGGGUGGGGAGACAGCGUGCUGAGAACUGAUCCUGCCCACUUACAGAGAGGGACAAAACUCACCUGACCUCCCGCGGUACCCUCUGCGCAGGGCCGCCAUAGAGGGAUGAGUGCGGCCUGGGUCCAUCUGUGGGCUGGCACAUUAGAGGUCCAGGGGCCUGGCUACCACAACUGGACAGGGCUUGGGCACAUUACACAGAAAGCUGGAGAGGAGGAUGCUGGGAGAGGCUCAGAAUAGAGCCCCACGGCAAGCUCAUGCCUGAGCCCAGGCAGCUGACCUCCCCACCAGCUUUCUUGGGCGGGGACAAGACGAUACCAACAGGAAGCAAGUGUGGUCUCCAACAGCGCACAGCUCUGCUUCCAUUUCUGGUACCCCCUCACCCCACCCCCAAGCUUCCUGUACUUGGUAAGGGGGCUUAUUAAACCAGAAACAAAAAACUUGUGUGUUCCCUCCAGGCCCUGGGGGUUCAUGUACACAGUUCUUCCCCGUGGGUACCCCAAGAGAGCAUGCAGGGGGUGGAGGUGGGUACCGCCAGCAGCAGGGGGCUUGGAAGUAGAGCAGUCCUAGAACUGCCCCAGGGAGGGAGCUGGCUCUUAGCAGGGGGCUCUCAGUCUUCCAUUUCUCCCCGACCCCCUACAUACCAGACUCAGGACCAAAACCCUAACAUAAUCCUCCUCCUCAUGGUCCUUUGUGGAGAACUAGUAGUUCAGACCAACUAGGAGGCAACAGGGAAGAUACAAGAAAGAAAUUUAGAGGUGUUCAGGGGGAAACCGAGGCUCAGAAUGACCUAAGUUCUCCCAUGCAGAGCCAGGAGUUCAGGUCUGGGGGCAGUGGGUCCCAUCAGAUGAGGGGAGAGAAAGCCCCGGGUGCCAGGAGGGAAUUCCUUCACUCCCAGGCAAGCUGGUAGUACAGCAGCCUCUUAGGCCAGAAGGAAGAGGGCCAAGAAGGUUGAGGACAGGAUGGUGGCGGUCCUGGGGCCAGUAGGUGAGGAGAAGCAGCUUCCCUCCUAUGCUGCCUGCCUGCUCCUAGGCCAGGCUCUGCUGAGCUUGCUGCUGUUCAUGAACUCUUACCUGGAAGCCAUAGGAAGCGUGUGAAGAGCAACCGGGUCAGCAGGCUGUGGGACUCCCUUCGUGUGAUUUGGGUUUCUCUGUCACAUAGGACUAGCUGUCCAUGGCCUCUUCCAGCUCUCAAUGCCCCAUCCUGUGACCCCAAUUUCCUUAUUUGUUUUCUUAGGAUUUUACUUUUGUGUAGAAGAACUGGGGUAUAGGCCAGAGGGAG